AUGUUCGAAUGCGCCACUUGUGAUGAUGAAUUCUGGUAUCAGGAGGACUGCGAUGAGCACAUGAAUGACUAUGAUCACUGGAUUGAGUGCGAGACAUGCACUCGCCUGUUCCGCUCCCAGUCCGCUUGCUAUCAGCAUAUGAAUGCUGUAGACCACUGGGCACCUACCUUCAAAUGUGAAACAUGCACCAGCACCUUCCGCACUCAAUCCGCCGUCGACAACCACAUGAGAGCCAAGGGACAUUACAAGAACUACUGCCAUGAAUGCGAGCGUACCUUUAUGAAUGAGAACUGUUUACGCCAGCACCUGAAUUCCAAGAUCCAUCGCGGUGCCAGCAUUCCGUGUCCGUUCUGUCGCACUGGCUUUGUCACUGCUAGCGGUGUCUCCCAUCACCUCGAGAGUGGAUCCUGCCCUCGAGCUCAAGGCUUGAACCGCGACAAGAUUCACCGCAUUAUCCAACGACUUGAUCCGAAUGGCGUUGUCUGCAAGAAGCAGAUCGCGUGGCAUAGUGAAGAGAAUGUGACAUACUCCGUUACUGACAGUGCGUGGAAUGGUCAAUUUUGGGUGUGCUACAUUUGCAAGCGGGGAUUCAACUCGCGAAGAGCCCUGGGGUCCCAUGUCAACUCGUCCGUGCACAAGGAGAAGGUCUAUCAUUGCCUCAAGCGUGGUUGCCCAAAAGAGUUCCACUCCCUGGCUAGCCUGUUCAACCACUUGGAGAGCGAAUCUUGUGGAUUCAUUCGGUUCGACGGGGUUCAACAGGUCCACAAGCGACUGAACGAUGCUAUCAUGGGCGGCCGGAUGAUCACUGGAUUCUAG